CCAUUCAUCAAGUUCCAGUGGGUUGCGAGGACCUCCCAUCCACUCACCCGCCCACCGCAAUCUAUUCUCCUCGACUUCCGCCCCGGGGGACGACCCCAAUCCAUCCAACCACCCGCCUUGACCCUGCGCACUGCGGCUGCAACCUUCCCAUCUUCUUAGCAGCCUCCCCGCCGUCUACCACUCUAGUCGUUGCCUCACUUCCACGGUCCGCUCGCCCAUAGCACUGUCAAUUAAACUGCCACUUUGCUAGGUCGCCCGCACAGCCUACGCAACUGCCAACCCCUACCCGCACACGACGUGCCCCCCGAGUCAAGACGAAACUUCUACGCAAUGGAGGGUAAUAAUAACCGUCUCUACCUCAACAUCGGUAACCAAGAUCGUCUGGGUCCCGGCGGCGACCGACAGUAUCCCACCACGCCUUCUACCUUUCCCCAGCCAGUCUUCCCUCACCAAGGCCAGCAGCAGCAGCAGCAACAUCAACAGGCCGGCGGUAUGCAGCACCAACAGCAGCAAUACCAGGCGCAGCAGCAGCAGCCGCAUGCGACCGGUUACGCUCAACAGGGCUACUUCCACCCGAACCAGCAGCAGGGCCAAUAUCCUCCCCAGGGCCACGGUGACUACAAUGCCGGCUAUCAGCCUCGAUCCAACACCCCGGGGACCAACGAUCCCAAUGUCGGUCUCGCGCACCAAUUCUCUCACCAAAACCUAGGCGGCGCUGCUCGGGCAUCGCCAUACGGUUCCCGCGGGCCCUCGCCCGCUCAAAGACCUCGCACUGCCGGUGCAGCGGGGCAGACGCCUCAGGGUUACGGACAUUAUGCGACGCCGCCGAUGCCAAACCAACAGGCAGUCCCCGUCGAGGUCUUUGCUCCCGCUCCCGAGCGACUCUACGAGAAGUACGGCCCGAACGCCAACAACAACCAGAAGAAGUGUACCCAAUUGGCCUCCGACUUCUUCAAGGACAGCGUGAAGCGUGCCAGAGAACGCAACCAGAGACAAUCCGAGAUGGAGGUUAAGCUUUCCGAGCCUGGCCAGAGCCAGCAAAGACGCGAGCAGAUUUGGUCCACGGCCGGUCGCAAGGAAGGCCAAUACCUGCGAUUCCUGCGAACCAAGGACAAGCCCGAAAACUACAACACCAUUAAGAUCAUCGGCAAGGGUGCUUUCGGUGAAGUCAAGCUGGUCCAGAAGAAGAAUGACGGCAAGGUGUACGCGAUGAAGUCUCUGAUAAAGACAGAGAUGUUCAAGAAGGACCAACUCGCCCACGUCCGUUCAGAGAGAGAUAUUCUGGCCGAGUCAGACAGUCCCUGGGUCGUCAAGCUCUUCACGACUUUCCAGGACUCCUAUUUCCUGUACAUGUUGAUGGAGUUCUUGCCCGGAGGUGAUUUGAUGACCAUGCUGAUCAAGUACGAAAUCUUCUCUGAAGACAUCACGCGCUUCUACAUUGCCGAGAUUGUGCUUGCGAUCGAGGCAGUCCAUAAGCUGGGCUUCAUUCAUCGUGAUAUCAAACCGGACAACAUUCUGCUGGACCGCGGAGGUCACGUCAAGCUUACCGAUUUCGGACUUUCAACCGGAUUCAACCGCUUGCAUGACAACAACUACUACCAACAGCUGCUACAGGGCCGAUCUAACAAACCGCGCGACCGUAACUCUGUUGCCAUUGAUCAAAUCAACCUCACUGUCAGCAACAGAUCCCAGAUCAACGACUGGCGUCGGUCGAGGAGACUGAUGGCUUACUCCACCGUCGGAACGCCUGAUUACAUUGCUCCCGAGAUCUUCACAGGCCACGGCUACACCUUUGACUGCGACUGGUGGUCCCUGGGCACCAUUAUGUUUGAGUGUCUGGUUGGAUGGCCUCCCUUCUGCGCUGAGGACAGCCACGACACAUACCGCAAGAUUGUCAACUGGAGACAGACGCUGUACUUCCCUGAUGAUAUCCAGCUUGGCGUGGAAGCUGAGAACCUGAUUAGAAGCUUGAUCUGUAACACAGAGAACCGCUUGGGUCGCUCGGGCGCCCAUGAGAUCAAGCAGCACUCAUUCUUCAGAGGAGUUGAGUUCGACAGCCUGCGUCGCAUCAGAGCUCCUUUCGAGCCUCGCUUGACUUCGGCCAUCGAUACCACAUACUUCCCGACCGACGAGAUUGACCAGACUGAUAAUGCCACGAUUCUCAAGGCUCAGGCCGUUCAGCAAGCCCGCUCGGGUGUGCCGGCGGUGGUCGAGGAGUCUCCCGAAAUGAGCUUGCCCUUCAUUGGAUACACCUUCAAGCGGUUCGAUAACAACUUCCGAUAAGCGUGGCAAGCACAUUGUUUUGGUGGCUAGCUCAUUGCGACUCUCGCCUCCAGGUUUCAGGGAUUGCCGACUUGCUGAGCAAGACAUGAACUUUGGAGGACGAUGAGACUGCCAGUGCUUCACUGGCGACUUCAUUUUGCCUACUGCCAACCCAAUACACCCAGAAUUCUUGUUUCACAAGAUUUGCAUUUACCGUUUUUUGUUUUCAGUCACUGCAUACAGGGCGUUAACUCGCAUCAAGACACCAAGUCGCACAAAUCAUGUAGAUGGGAGGGGGGAAUCGAGAUGUUGUCUUUUGGAGGGAUGUAGUGGAUACGGCCGUGGAUGCCUAGAGUUUUCAUUAUGAGAAACAUGAUGAAGCAGACAGAGAGCUGGAGGGGGCGUGCGGGGGAGAUGUCAGGAUGUACUGGUAAUGCUGGAUCUAUCAGU